CGUCAACAAUACCACUGCAAUAUGAUAGACUGCUGUUAACGACCUCGUGCUACACCGAUACUGUCGUCUCGAAUAGUCGCCACACGCUUCUGUCUUGCCCACGCCGAAAUGCAGCGAACACAUCACUCUCCGCCAGCGAAGUCCCCCGAACUCUUCCAUCCCCGUCCGCAGCACAUCUCACAGGUGCCCAACCUGCGCUCCCCUCCUCCACCGGCCUCACAGCAGAGCUCCCAGCCUCAAGUAAACAGUUAUGGCAACCCCUACCAGGGACAGCCUGCUGGCCCGGCCGCUGGUGGUGGAGGGGCCUUCGGACAAGGCUUCAAUUUCAUAAGCGAUCCAACCGCGCAGAUGGGCUUCCAAGUCGGUCAAACCGCAAUGAAAGCCGGACAGGAUUAUAUGGAGCAGAACCUGAACCGAUACAUCUCCGUCCCCGCCUUGAAGCACUACUUCAACGUCUCCAACUCAUACGUCGUUCGAAAACUAUUGAUCGUCCUGUUCCCCUGGCGCCACAAGCCGUGGACACGACAGCAAGCACGAAUGACCACCUCAUCCACCGCCGCCGACGGCUCUAUGACCCAGCAAACCUAUUCGUUCAACUACCUCCCUCCGCGCGACGACCUCAACUCCCCAGACAUGUACAUCCCCAUGAUGGCGCUAAUCACAUAUAUCCUUCUCUCAACAGUCCUCGCAGGCAUCCGAGGUUCAUUCCACCCAGAAAUACUGGGCAGCAUAACCAGCACGGCGCUCGCCAUCAUCAUUUUCGAAAUCAUCGUUCUCAAGCUCGCAAUGUACAUGCUCAGCAUCAGCAAUGACUCUCAAUUACUAGACCUGGUCGCCUACUCGGGGUACAAGUUCGUGGGCGUGAUAGUGACGUUGUUUCUAAGCGAGGUCUUUACAGCGGGUAGUGGGACGAACAACUGGGUUGGCUGGACACUGUUUCUCUACACGUGGUACGCGAACGCGUUCUUUCUGCUUCGCUCUUUAAAAUACGUUCUAUUACCAGACAGCUCUGGAGAUCCGUCUGCCAUGCGUAGUGGCAGUUCAUAUACCGUGGCAAGGGCACAGAAGAACAGACGGACCUACUUUUUGGCUCUGUACGCUUUCCUCGUCCAGAUGCUUUUCAUGUGGCUUCUCAGCAGGGAGGAGGCCGCUGUCAAAACCGUCGCUAGCAAGCUCAGCGGACCAAAAAUUUAGUCUACGCAGCAUUAGCCUCGAUCGAAUGAAGUAUACAUCUCUCACCCCGCUAUUCUUCGUGAACGAUGGUGAAAGGCCUGUCCUAU